UUUAAAUCCAGCCCAAUCUACAGAGAGGAAAAGGGCAGAAAAUACAAAGAGAAGAAAACGGAAGAGAGAGAGAGACGACGACAUCUAUCAAAACCCUAAUCACUUCCAUCGAUUCGAUUUUCAUCUCUCGUUCAGAUUCGAGAGGAAGCCAUUCCUCGUUUCUCCUUCUCCAUCAGGUUUCAGCUAUCAAAUUGAGAGGUAUGUCUCCAGCAUCAAGAUCCAAGUCCAAGGAUAAGUCCUCUGCGAGGGCAGCAGCCAAGGAACAGCAGAAGGCUUCUCCGAAACCUUCAUCUGCACCUCCUAAUGCAGGGAGUGGUAUUCCGGCAAGUGCAUACAAUCCAGUUUCGGGCACAUUCCACACUCUGGAGACAGUGACACCUGUCUCUUCUCCUCCGCCUCAAAACAAUGGUCGGUUCCGAAACAUAGAUGAGACGGAUGACCAUUCUGGCAGCUCGCUUGGAACAGGGGCUGAGUACGAUUCAGUUUCCAACAAUGAUAGCUGCUCUGGUGAAUCAGAAGACCAGAAAGAGAAGACUGCGAGCGUUGCUCCCAGGCCAGAAGCCAUACCAGGAUGCGACAAUGACAAGCGAGAUAAGAUCCGGCAGAAGAACGAGAGGAAGCACCAGCGUCAGAAGGAGAGACGGGCCCAGGAGCUGCAUGAGCGGUGCAGUGGGUACCUCAUGUCCAGGAAACUUGAAGCACUCGCCCAGCAGCUAGUCAGUAUGGGCUUCUCAUCUGAGCGGGCCACAAUGGCCCUCAUCCUCAAUGAAGGCAGGGUUGAGGAUUCAAUCACUUGGCUUUUGGAAGGGAGCGAAGGUGUGCAGCAGGAUCCAAGCCUUCACAGUGGGGGUAACCUGAAAAUUGACAUUGCCGAAGAGCUCGCCAGGAUUGCAGAUUUGGAGAUGGAGCACAAGUGCACAAAGCAGGAAGUCGAAAGAGCUGUUGUGGCCUGUGAAGGUGAUUUGGACAAGGCAGCCGAGACCUUAAGGGCGCAGAAACUGGAGCCAGCCUCAGCUCCUCCAAAGCUGGAAGAAACGCCAGACCCUCCGGCUGCCAAUGGAUGUAAACUGGCAGUGGCUGCCAAUCAGAACCCUAUUAGGACACAAGCGAAGACUGUUGCUCCUGUCCAAAUCCAACAGAGAAUUGAUGAAAAAGAUUUCAACUACACAAAGGCAUCAGUGGCCCAGCUGGUUGCAUCGCCAGAAUCUGGGAACAGAAGCUUCCAGUCUUUUAGGAGGUCUCAACCAAAGUUGGAAUGGGCGAGGCCACAAGCCGCGACGCUGGUGGAGAAGCGGUGGCCGAGUGUCAGUACGAGCCCUUCUGUUUCAUAUUCCUUGGCAUCAUCCCUGCAAGUGUCUCCCCCGCCUGCGAAGGCAGAGGCUCGGUAUGUGGUUGUUGGAGCUGAAGGAAAGAGCAUGAUGCAUGCAGGGGCCUUGAGGGAGCCGGUGAUCAUGAUGCAGCGCCCACAAUCCCUCAAUGCUAAGCAAAACCCAACUGCCAGCAUGAGUGCAUCUCCGCCGGCAGUGACUCCUCGAUGGUAUCCGAAUGGCGGUGCUGUUGCAACAGCUGGCAAUGAGGUCAUGAAGGGGAAUGAGGGUUUAGGGAGCAUGCCGGGCAUGAGCCUGAGCACAAAUAACCGGAGCUCGCAACAGUUUUAUCAUCAACAACAGUAUCAACCGUUCCCAUCAAGUUCGGUGGACCCAGCCCCAGCCGAGUGGGGUGGACCAUGGAGCACGGCUGGGACAACUUCCUCGUCGCUCGCUGAGCCAUCUUCCCUGGGCCUAUUCACGGGCUGGGGCUCAGCUGGACCGUCAUCCGGUGCAUCAUCGCCUGUUGACUGGAGCAUGGGGGGCUCCAUGCAGCAGUUUGACUACGCCAACAUAGACUGGAGCGUUGAAUCGAACUCGACAAGGCAGCGCGGGUUAUUGCUGGGCCUAGCAUCAUACGCGAAGAGUAACCAGACGUAUGACGGGUGGUCGGCGGCUAUGACUGCGGGUGCAAAGUCUACAAGGCCCGGCAUGAAUGGGAUACGAAUUGCGGGGAUGCGUGAGGGCAGGGUGGUGACGGAUGUGUCGUCCUCAUCCUCAUCUGCCGGUUCGCAUGAAUGGACGUCCCCAUUUGCUGGGCAGGAUCUUUUCAGUGUACCCAGGCAGUUUGUUACUUCUCCACCUCUCUAGGGAGGGAGGUGGGGUAGGCAGAAGGGGCUGAGAAAGAACGGUCAGAUUUGCUGUUAGUGCUUUGUGAUGAUGCUGAUGUUGAUGGUUGGUUGUUGUUGCAUGACCCAGUGAAAGAUUUAGGAAGUCUUUGCUUCUA